UAAAAAAUCUCAUGUCGUAUACCGCAGAGCAGUCAAGUUUAUUUCAGAGUUCAUUGCAAUCUUUGUGCUUUACGAAAUAUUUCAAAUGCAGUGUGUAUAAAUUGACUGUAUCCCAAUCCAAUCUCAGUGACAGUGUAACAAUGUGGGGAGAAUUCCAUCGUGUUUUUGACUUGCCUAGAUGAUCGAGCGGUCUAGCGCGCAGGUCACACGCUGCAAGGAGAGUGUGUUCCGCAGGUGAGAUCAUGAGUUCAACCCUGGGUAGGGGCGGAAGUCGGUAUCCAUUUAACAGUUACCUACCUUCCCACCCACUUUUCGCCGAAUACUGCAUGUGAAUUCUCUUUGAGCACUGUUAAUGACAUUCAUGUAUAGGCGUAUACAUGUAUAUAUAUGAUGCUUUUUCUACUGUGCUAUCAAGCAAAUUCUUUUGAAAUUCCCGCGCUUCAACUAAUCAUCUAUGACCAUGACGCCUGCAUGACUAUUCGUGUUUAAAAUCCGACAUAGACGUUAGGUUCUUGGUUGUAAAGGGAGACAUAGGUUAUGGUGAAUGUCCGACAUAGUCGUCUCCUGUUGCAAGAAUUGUCCCGUCUGAGAGAUGAAGAAAGGCACAUUGAUUUCCAUUUGACCCACGGGGAAAACAAAACGGAAUGUCACAAAGUAGUGUUGGCUGUUUUCAGUCAGAGGGCCUAUGAUGUUUGUAUGAAAUCUUCUGUAAACGAACUGAGUACAGUAGAAAAUGUUCAAUAUCUCAUACAGAAGCUGUACCACUGGGAGGGAGUCAGCCUCUCUGAUUUUGUCAAUCAAAUAUCCAGACCUGCAGAAGAUUUAAGUAUCGGUUUUCUUGUUAAAUCGCAAUAUGUGUCAUGUUUGGAAGUUAUUGAGCGAGCGAGGCUAAGAGUAUUUUCCGAAGGAAUUCUAGAAUUUUGGAAGAAAGAUAUUUUAACAGAUGUAAUUCUUAAAGUAAACGAAAAGGUCUUCAGAUGUCAUAAAAUCGUUUUAGCUGCAUUGUCACCUUAUUUUGAUGCGAUGUUCUCGUCUGGCAUGAAAGAAACUGAUGAAAGUGCCGUGGAAUUGCACGGAUUUGAUGCGAGUAUCAUAGGAAAGAUAAUAUCGUACAUUUAUACCGGAGAUAGCUGUAUUGACAAUACAGACGCUGACUUGAUUUUUGCGGCUUCAGUGUACUUUCAGAUAAAACCUCUUCAAAGUAUAUGUGCGCGAUAUAUUUUUAGACAUACAAAUUUAGAUAAUUGUGUUGACGUCCUUGCUAUGGCAGACUCUUCCGAUUGCGAACAACUAGUAAACAAUGUUACAGGUUUCAUUAAGGAAAACAUUAUACAAUUAUUUCAAAAUGGAUACUGCAAAAAACUGAAUGCUAGGACACUAGCAAAUUUGGUGUCAAGCGAAGACUUGAUAGUUCCAGAUGAAAUCUAUGUUUUAAAUUUGAUUCUUCAGUGGUUUGAAGGACAAGAAAGUCAAACCGAGGGAACUCUGUUAACACUUCUAAAGCACGUGGAUUGUCCCCAAAUAGACUCUGAAAUUCUUCAGAAUUUCUGUCAAGCAAACAAAUACUUGCAUCAAUACCCCUCGUGCAAGAAGACACUUUUGGAUGAUGACAGAGGCAAGUCAAACUUGAUUAAAUUUAGAAAAGACGAGGUAUUACUUGUUGUGAGACCCAACAAUUUAUCAGACCACGUAGACGUAGUUUGCUACAGCUUUAUGCAAAAUGUUUGGUUUUCGUUGAACAGAAUCACCAACUUUAAAGCAGGGGGAAGUCCUGGACUGUGUUUCCAUGAGAAAGGUGUGUUUAUAUCAGGAGGUUCCGGGAAUCUCGUCAACUUUGUAAAAUACGAUUGUUGUGAAAAUGAAUGGAAAUACUUACGACGAAUGAAUUCCAAGCGAUUCAGUCACUGUAUGUGUGGGAUAGCGUCGGAUAUAUUCAUUAUUGGCGGGAAGUCAAUGCACCAUCACACCUUCAACUCCAUAGAAAAAUACAGCAUGGUCGAAGAUGCUUGGUCAAAAGAGGGGACUCUCCUAAUUCCGGUUGCAGAUGCUUCUUGUGCCUGCGCAGGAUCAGACAUUUUUGUGUUUGGAGGAUCGCAAAAUGUGGUCACUUUUACGCCAGUCAUUCAGUGCUACAAUGUGACAACCAAAGCCUGCACAGAAAUAUGCCACUUUCCGAAAGGGGUUCUAACGGGCAUUAUGAAGAUCUGUUCGAAUGGAGACUAUUUUUAUCACGUCACUGCCGAAGGAAGGGUAUUGCAGUCUAGUAGAUCAGACCCUUGGACCCCUGAACCCAGAGUGAUCGGGACUAUCAUGAAGGGUUUGAUGAUGACAGAGUAUUCCGUGGUCUUCUAUAAAGACAGCCUCCUCCUCGUCAGUGAUACAAAAACUGCUCAGGGAGAAAGUAAGGUCAUUCGGUACGGAAUAUCAGAAAACAAGCGAUUAUUUUGUGACAUCAAACAGCUCCCAUAUCCACCAGAUUCAAAUCAGUACUUUGCGGUCAUUACAAACAUCAGCAAGAAGUACUUGAUAAUAGAUGAUUCGUUGAAUACUUCCAAACGUUGAUGUGAAAUAAAUGUUUUGAAAUGGCUAUGGAUAUUUUAAAGUGUUGUAUGGUUUGUUUGUUUUUUUAAAAUGAGAUGAGUUAUAAUUUCUUGAUAAAAGACUGAAAAGAG